AUGGCGAACGACGAAUAUGAUUUUCUCUUCAAGGUCGUCCUCAUCGGAGACUCGGGCGUCGGUAAAUCCAACCUGUUGAGCCGCUUCACUCGCAAUGAGUUCAACCUCGACUCCAAAUCGACCAUCGGCGUCGAGUUCGCGACGCGCUCCAUCCAGGUAGAUGCCAAAACCAUCAAGGCGCAGAUCUGGGACACUGCUGGCCAGGAACGAUACCGCGCCAUCACCUCAGCGUACUAUCGGGGCGCCGUCGGGGCACUACUCGUCUACGACAUAAGCAAGCACCAGACAUACGAGAACGUGACUCGGUGGCUGAAGGAGCUGCGGGAUCACGCCGACUCGAACAUCGUCAUCAUGCUCGUCGGCAACAAGAGCGAUUUACGGCAUCUGCGGGCGGUGCCUACGGAGGAGGCCAAGCAGUUUGCUAGCGAAAACAACCUGUCCUUCAUUGAGACUUCGGCCUUGGAUGCUAGCAACGUAGAGCUCGCCUUCCAGAACAUCCUCACAGAGAUCUACCGCAUCGUCUCCAGCAAGGCUCUCGACCAGGGAGAAGGCAGCCAGAACGUUCUCGGUGGCGAGCGCAAGGUCCUCGAAAUAAGCAAGUCAGCCGACGCACAAGAGAAGAAGGGAUGCUGCUAG